CCUUGCAGGCCCUGACGGCCCACCACUGGUAUAUACAUAUGUGUAUGUGUGUGUGUGUAUAUACAUAUGUGAGGUUAUUCAUUAUAAGGUUAGCAAUAUAUUUUUUUUCACAUAUUUUUCAUAUAAAACCAGACUAAUAGGAUCUUCAAUGUGACCUAAACUCAGGGUACCUGCUGACACAGAGGACUGAUCACAUACAGUUCCCUCUGUUUAAGACAUUUGCAAUCUGUUUCUUCUGUCCUAUAUGUAACCAUUCCUCCAUCAUUUAUGUUCAAUUAAUCCAGAGAAAAGUGUAUGAAGUAAAUGUUAUGUAUCAUUAGUUAACUGUGAAUGGCAUCACCUCAUUUAUUUCAAAGGAGCCGACACAAAGGGCAAAACACCACGGUCAUCCAACGUGGGCCAUAUGUGCACAUUUCUGGUAGAUUACUUUGUGUAUUUCUUCUGUUUACAUUGCCAUUUUUGUGACGAGGGACAAAAUAAGUGCUGCCAUGGUAACUGUCCAGAGUUAUGAGGAACAAAAACUGCUGUCAGAGAACCUUAAAAUCCUCAGAUCUGUUCCUCAAACUGGACCUCCUGGAUGGUACCUCAUGUCUCACCAAUACCACUGCUGUCACAAUAAAUUGCACUUACCAUGAAGCUCAUGCUCAAAAUGAUGCUUAAGAGCUGUAUCUUAACUCACUGAUGUUAGUUCACCACAGCAGGUAAAUGGAGCAGAACAGAAAGCUAUUGUGUGUCGCUAUCUAAAGUCAGUAUCUUUGCCAAUCCCGAUCCAACAGACUAGAUUUGUGGAUCUCUAAAAGCCAUUCCAAAAUGUUUCAAAGAUCAGCCAUUCUGUAAUUUCUAUAAUUGCAGAACAAGACAGAUGGAUAACGUGAUGUAGGUAGUCCAUCUCUCUCUCUCUCUAAACCUCUUCUACCCUGUCAGAAAUAUCACCAGCUGAGGAUCAAGAUCCUGGGAGACUGCUACUACUGUAUCUGUGGGCUGCCGGACUACAGGGAGGACCACGCUGCAUGCGCUAUCAUGAUGGGUCUGGCCAUGGUGGAGGCCAUCUCGUAUGUCCGAGAGAAAACCCAGACAGACGUCGAUAUGCGGGUUGGAGUGCACAGUGGUACAGUCCUUGGGGGGGUGCUGGGUCAGAAACGCUGGCAGUACGACGUCUGGUCCACAGACGUCACUGUGGCCAACAAGAUGGAGGCUGGAGGGAUACCAGGCCGUGUCCACAUCUCUCAGAGCACCAUGGAAUGUCUUCAUGGAGAGUUUGAUGUGGAGCCAGGGAAUGGAGGUGAGCGCUGUGACUACCUGAGGGAGAGGGGCAUCGAGACCUUCCUUGUGGUUGUUCCUAAAGGACCUGUGGGGAAGAGUGGCAUCAAUGGUGUAAAGCUGUCUGUUACCUCUUCCAAUGGAAACUCCCCGCUGUUGAUCAACACCACAGAAUGUAACGGCAGUGUGAACACAGCCUGCACCACACCGGAGGAACCAGAAGACCUUGAUGCAAGGGUGGUAAAUCCAUCUUUCCCUAACCCUCGGAGAAGGCUGCGGCUGCGGGACCUGGCUGAAAGGGUCAUCGAUGCUCAGGAGAACGAACAGGAGCUCAACAAACUGCUCAACGAGGCUCUGCUGGAAAGAGAAACAGUACAAGCUCUGAAGGGGAAACACACCAACACACUCUCCCUGAGGUUUGUGGAUCCAGACCUGGAGACUCGUUACUCUGUGGAGAAGGAGAAACAGAGUGGAGCUGCCUUCUGCUGCUCCUGUGUGGUCCUGCUCUUCACUGCAGCUAUGGAGGCCCUCAUAGACCCCUGGCUGAUUGCAAACUACAUCACCUUUGCAGUGGGAGAAAUCCUGCUGCUCAUCCUGACAAUCUGUUCUCUGGCUGCCAUCUUCCCUAGAGUCUUUCCCAAGAAGCUGGUGUCUUUCUCCACCUGGAUCGACCACACCCGCUGGGCUCGUAACACCUGGGCUAUGGCAGCCAUCUUCAUACUCACCAUGGCCGACAUCAUGGACAUGCUGAGUUGUCUGCCUGAAGUCCCAGACUCAGGUAGCACCACAGUGGCCCCUUCCUCCUCCUCAUCUUCUUCUUCCUCCUCCUGGUCUGGCGCUGACGGUUGUCUGGACAACCCCAAAUAUUACAGCUACAUUGCUGUGCUGGCACUGAUGGCCACCACCAUGCUGGUUCAGGUCAGUCACAUGGUCAAGCUCACACUGAUGCUGCUCAUCACAGUGGCCACCGGCAUUGUUAACAUCUACAGCUGGAGGGACAUCUUCGACCGCUAUGACAUGGCCCGCUUUCAGGACUACAGGUCGUACCUGGUGCCUUCCAAGUUCACAAUGACAAUUAUGAUCUUCAUUAUGAUGGUCAGCUUCUAUUAUUUCUCCCGACAUGUGGAGAAGCUUGCCCGCACCUUGUUCCUGUGGAAGAUCGAGGUCCAUGAGCAGAAAGAGAAAGUGUAUGAAAUGAGACGCUGGAAUGAAGCACUGGUGACCAACAUGCUGCCUGAACAUGUGGCUCGACACUUCCUGGGCUCCAAGAAAAGGGAUGAGGAGUUGUACAGCCAGUCCUAUGAUGAGAUUGGAGUCAUGUUUGCCUCAAUUCCCAACUUCUCUGACUUCUACACAGAGGAGAGCAUCAAUAAUGGAGGAAUCGAGUGCUUACGGUUUCUCAAUGAGAUCAUCUCUGACUUUGACAGUCUGCUGGAUGAACCUCAGUUCCGCUGCAUCACAAAAAUCAAGACCAUCGGCAGCACCUACAUGGCAGCAUCAGGUGUCACCUCAGAUGUCAGCAACGGCUACACCUGCAUGAAGAAGGAGGAGCAGUCUGACAGAGAGCGCUGGCAGCACCUGGCAGACCUGGCAGACUUUGCUCUGGCCAUGAAGGUCACACUCAUGAACAUCAACUACCAGUCAUUCAACAACUUCAUGCUACGCAUCGGUCUGAAUAAGGGCGGAGUGUUAGCAGGAGUGAUUGGUGCCCGAAAACCCCACUACGAUAUCUGGGGCAACACUGUGAACGUGGCCAGUCGCAUGGAGUCCACAGGGGUCAUGGGAAACAUCCAGGUGGUGGAGGACUGCUACAACAUCCUGAAGGGGUACGGCUUCCGCUUUGUGAGGAGGGGCCCCAUCUUUGUGAAGGGGAAAGGGGAACUGCUCACUUAUUUUCUCAAGGGAAGAGACAAACAAGGCUCAUUUAUUAAUGGCUCCUCUGUCACUCUGCCUCACCAGGUGGUGGACAGCUAAGGACCACACACACACUCCCCAGCGAUCACCUCUAGGGUGUGAUGACUGCAGGGCGAGGCAGUGGAGAGAGUUUUUGGAAUAUAAAGUGAUUUGCCUAAAAUUGCUCUAAUACCUGAAUGUUUACAAGUCAAAUUAAAACACCACUGACACACUUCAUACACACCUGUGACAACCCACCACUCACUACUGAACACACACACACACACACACACACACACAUACACAUAUUCACUGUCUGUGGAAAGAUAUAUGUGCCAGUAGAGAUUGUAUUUGAAUAUCAUGUUCAAGAUGAACCAUGGAACUCAAAACAUGAAGAAUUGGAUAAAUGAAUGAAUUAACAGGAAAGAUUACAAACUGACAGGAACACCAGGCAUCUAGAUACAGCAGUAAAGUUGAGGGUUGUCAUGCCACCUAGUGGACUGACAGACACAUUUAAUCAUGUAUGGCAGCAGUUUAUAAAAACUUGUAAAUCUAAAAUAAAUGUCAAGAGAUUCUUUGAAAGAGAUCCAGUGUUUUGCCCCCAUCCUAACGUAAUGGAGGUAAUUGGAAUGUCAUUAGUGAGUAUGGAAUAAGCUUCUCCUGUGACAUGGAACAGCUUCUCCACAUCUCUCCACCACACUGACGGUGUCUAUGAGUGAAAACAGGCUCUGACACACACAUGGUCACUCAUAACAGAUGGAUCAGGUUCAGCAGCUACUGGUCAGACUGGUGAAGUUGUUCUGUGGUAUGCACCUUAACCACUCAGCUAUCAAAACUCACUGCAUUUAAUUCAGGUCCAAUCAUAUGUCAUCUUACUACAGAACAGAUUGGAUUUAUAGAACAGUUAUUUAUUUGAUUGUAAAUUGUGAGCAUGAGGAUGACUAAUUCAAACUGACUUCAUUUCAUUUAAAUACAAUGAUGGUCUUUAUGUCUUUCCAUAGACAUGUCUCAGAUAAAAACAGAACAUUGAUCACAGACACACACACACACCCUCAGCACAGUCACACUCCCUGGCUUUUGGAAGCCCAGACUAAAUUUUGGACCGCUGCCCAUUUACAGAAUACUUCCAUGUAUGGAAACCUGACGAACUGAUCUGAGCUCAGAUUUCCUGUCUUUGAUGAGGAAGAGGAUGUGGAAGAGGACCAAUGAGAGGCCAGAGUGUGACGAUACAGACUGAUCUGCCACCUGUUGCUGCCAAUGUGUGGUUGUGUAUAAUAGUGUGUGCGCAUAGUGUAUUUUUCCACAGUGAAAGUAUUCUCUCCUUCUGAUCAGAUGUGUCAGUGCUGUGCUCUCCUCUCUGCUCCUGGAGCUCGUACAGCACACUGCAGCGCUGGCUUCUGGGUGUUUCUGUGCCUCAGAGUGUUGAACAUGAAGGAGAACACGUGUGUGUACUGUGUGUUUUAGGGGACGGAUAGGUGACGGUGUCCAGAGGGUAGCACAUAUGAAAGAAAUAUUUUUCAAACUUAUUGUGGAUUGAUGGAAGUGCCUAUGACAGCUGUGAUCACCAUGUUUUCAUGUAGUUAAACCAUUCCAUGGCCUUCUACAGGCAGGGGAGAUUCUCAGAGUCCUUUCACAGUAUUCCUGUUUAUUUCAACUUACUCUGGUCAGAAUUUGUAUUGGUUAUUGUACAGUUGAUAGCUGAGAUGAGCAGACACGAUGACAUUACUAAAAGACACCCACCAGCAGUCAGAGGAUCGGGCAGGUUGGAAACACAGCAGCAGGUUAGCCAAACUUAUUUGAAGAGAAAAAGAAGGCAAACUGUAAAAUGAUUCAUCAAUUACAGUUUUCAAAUUUGGCUGCACUUCCUGUAGUUUUGUGCACAGUUUUCCUGGGAUUUCAGGUGACUCACUUUCAGUUUACACUUAAUAUAAAAUGGUAUAGAUGAGCUGAUGAAAGUGUUUGUAUCCAACCUGUGUGAAUAUCUGACUGCUCCUGUUUCUUGACCCAUUAGACCUAUUUCAGUGAUGUCACUUUGACAUAUGAUCUCAGCAAUUAACAUGGAGAGAACAAUGUUUGAAAAGCCAAAAAGGACACAAGCUGUCAUAAACUGGAAUUUUCCUUUAACUGCAUAGUAGUCAUGUGGAAGAAGAAGGCUGGAAUGAAAGAUUUUAGAAUACAGUCAGAAAGUAAAUUUCAUAUUGUAAAAUGACGACGGCAACAAAAAGUUCAGAUCCAUGACGUUGAACUAGUUGCACCUUUCAACGUUGUUAGCUCAAGAUUUGGAUCAACUCCAUUUCAUCUGUGUUCAUCUGCAAUCAUCUGUGUGUCUUGUUAGUCUCUGCUUGCUAGGUUGUGUCCAGGGACAAAAUGGACAUGGACGUUUACCAAUGUUGCCAAUGUUUUUACAGUUGCACUUGGCUGAUGAGGUCUGGUGGUCCAAAAACUUUUUUGGUCCACACAGAAAUCGCACAGGCCCUCACAUACCUGGGCUGUGUGGCUUUGUGUACACAGACGGUCUAAUUGACUCCUAGGAGGACACGUCUUCUAACAGCUUCAGGAGGUCUCACCACCUGGGUCAUCUUGGUCCCUCUACCCAAGGUGGAAGUAAGGUGCAAAGGCUUGACACCUAAAUCAGACCUAAUUACUGACAUUUUGGACCAAUUGCAGGCAAAGCGGGUGUUUGGAGGAGGUGAGCAAGGCUAUCAAUAGGUCAUGACUCGCAUGCAGGGGUUCUCUUUAGCCACAAACAUUUGCUUGUGAUUACACACCAAAUUCUAAUUGCAUUAAGGGAACUGCUGACAUUACUCCCCUGAAGUUUGUAUUUGGGAUGACAGCAGUGACAUGCAGCAGAAUCGGCACACCCACCUGGCAGGAAGCAGAUGUACUGUAUGUGUGUUUAGAGGGAAAGUAAAUGUAUACUGCUUAUUCCUCUGCUGAUGGUAAAGCCCAUUAAUGUCUCUGUAGAAUGGGAUGAAAGUGCAAUAGUUUCUUCUUCUACAAACCUGACAUUCCUCUUCAGGAAAGCUUAAAUCAUUCCUUCCCCUUUAAUUCAUAUUUUUAUAAUGUAAUGUACAAGUUCUGUUCUAUUUAAAGGGAAAACGUGAAAGGACUGAAUGUGUCCUAGUUGCACGUAGAGUUUAGACAGUGUUUAUUGGUCAGAUUUAUUUAUUGGAAAUGACGGACAUUGUUUUGUUUUUCUUACAUAGAUGUGAAAGUGCCAAUCAUAAAGGAAUGGCUUUAAAUGAAA